AUGUAUGCCAAGUGUGGAGCUGUGGAUUAUGCUAGCCUAGUUUUUGAUGCCACACUUGAACGCAAUGUAUGGACGUGGAGUGCGAUGAUUCUUGGGUUAGCCCAGCAUGGGUUUGCUACCAAAGCCCUUGAACUUUUCAGAAAAUUGAAGAAAAAUGUAGUUCAACCUAAUUAUGUGACAUUCCUUGGGGUCCUCUGUGCUUGUAGCCAUGCUGGACUGGUGGAGGAUGGACAUAGAUCCUUUCAUGAAAUGGAGCAUGUGCAUGUGAUCAAACCUAUGAUGAUACAUUAUGGUGCCAUGGUAGAUGUUUUGGGUCAUGCUGGUCAUCUAAAAGAAGCAUAUAACUUCAUCAUUGAUAGGCCGAUUAAACCUGACGCAAUUGUGUGGAGGACGCUGCUGGGCGCAUGCAACAUUCAUGAUUUCAAUGACUACAACGGGCUGGGUGAGAAGGUAAGAGAGAAGUUACUUGAAUUGGAGCCAAGGAGGAGUGGAAACUUCAUAAUGGUCACAAACAAGUAUGCUGAAGCUGGGAAGUGGGACAAAGCAGCACAUGUGAGAAGCAGUAUAAGCGAUAAAGGCUUGAAGAAGAUGGCUGGGGAGAGCCUUAUUGAGGUAAGGGGAUCCAUCCAUAGGUUCUUUUCUGGAGAAGAUGAUCAAGUUGAUUGUGAGAGGAAAUUCAUGGGCCAUUCUAUUACUUCGGCUGAUCACUUGGCUUGGCCCUUGGCCAGGCCAGCUUGCAGCAGCUGCUCUGCUUCUCCAUAUGUACAGCUUGUUGGACUUUCAUUGCCUCAAGGUUCAGCUGCUCAAGCCAUAGUGCAGGCCCAUUUCUCAUUUCUCCCAUUUUGUCCAUCAUGUCCUAAAACAGACUUGGAUGACUAUGGAUGGUUAAUCAUAUGCUCAGAUUAA